UCUCCCUCUCCUUGAGUAUAUAUAAGACAUCAGGUAACGUUGGAUUAUUUAGUCUUAUUUUUCCGACGCAAUAGACAGCAUCAUCACAGCCAUGAAGACUUUGACUUUGGCAAUUGCUACACUGCUGUUAGCCGCAGUAUCUGCAUUUCCCCAGCAAAAGGACGGACAGAUCUUCAGCAGUGAAGCGAUAAGACAGGCGCAGAACACUUACCUCAUCCCCAAGGAUGCCACAAUUCAGAAAGUCCAAGAGGGAAUUGAACUGGCGGCCUAUGAGUCCAUCCCCGGUGAUCAGAGGAUAAAUCUCUUCGAGAUUCUCGGAGAUCACGUACCUCCAGAGGUUGUCAACAAUCUCCAGGGGCAAAUCGAUCAGAUUGGCCGCAAUUAAUUCACACAGAUGAUAAUCAAUUAAUUAGUGACGACGAUGAAGUGAUUCAUCUAGAUGACGAAUUGUCAAUUGUCUCUUUUUGCCAAUAGAUCUAUUUUUUAAAUAAAUAUGAUAAUAUGUU